AUGAAUAUGCGGACGAUACCCAGCUCUCCCUCUUUUAAAUCGAAGGCAGAGAAGUUCCUGUGUGAAAGAAGGAUGCUGGCAAGACCUCCUCACCCAUCUCUUCAUCCUGGUGGAGGGGAAGCCGUGGCUGAGGAACCGGAUCAGCCAUAUCAGUGCUUGGAAUGUGGAAAGAGCUUUAGUCAGAAGAAUAGCCUUACUUCCCAUCUAAAUAUUCAUACAGGGGAGAAACCAUUUUACUGCUUGGAAUGUGGGAAGACCUUCAGGAAGAGAUCACGUCUCACUUCCCAUCAAAGAAUUCAUACAGGGGAGAAACCAUAUAAGUGCUUGGAAUGUGGAAAGAGCUUCAGUCGGAAGGAUAGCCUUACUUCCCAUCUAAAUAUUCAUACAGGGGAGAAACCACAUAAGUGCUUGGAAUGUGGGAAGUGCUUUGCUGCAAGAAAAAGGUUAUGGCGACAUCAGAGAAUUCACACUCGGGAGAAACCAUUUCAAUGCCAAGAGUGUGGAAUGAGAUUCCCCUUGGAGGAAACUCUCACUUCUCAUGAAAGAAUUCAUUCCAGGGAGAAACCAUAUCAGUGCUUCGAAUGUGGGAAGAGUUUCAGUCAAGAGGGAAGUCUCACUACCCAUCAAAGAAUUCAUACAGGGAAGAAACCAUUUCACUGCUUGGAAUGUGGGAAGACCUUCAGGACGAGAGCAUGUCUCACUUCCCAUCAAAGAAUUCAUACAGGAGAGAAACCAUAUCAGUGCUUGGAAUGUGGAAAGAGCUUUAGUCAGAGUGGUGUUCUGACUUCACAUCAAAGAAUUCAUACAGGGGAGAAACCAUUUCACUGCUUGGAAUGUGGGAAGACCUUCAGUCGCAAGAAUAGCCUUACUUCCCAUCUAAAUAUUCACACAGGGGAGAAACCACAUAAGUGCUUGGAAUGUGGGAAGUGCUUUGCUGCAAGAAAAAAGUUAUGGAAACAUAAGAGAAUUCACACUCGGGAGAAACCAUUUCAAUGCCAAGAGUGUGGAAUGAGAUUCCCCUUGGAGGAAACUCUCACUUCUCAUGAAAGAAUUCAUUCCAGGGAGAAACCAUAUCAGUGCUUCGAAUGUGGGAAGAGUUUCAGUCAAGAGGGAAGUCUCACUACCCAUCAAAGAAUUCAUACAGGGAAGAAACCAUUUCACUGCUUGGAAUGUGGGAAGACCUUCAGGACGAGAUCAUGUCUCACUUCCCAUCAAAGAAUUCAUACAGGGGAGAAACCAUAUCAGUGCUUGGAAUGUGGAAAGAGCUUUAGUCAGAGUGGUGUUCUGACUUCACAUCAAAGAAUUCAUACAGGGGAGAAACCAUUUCACUGCUUGGAAUGUGGGAAGACCUUCAGUCGCAAGAAUAGCCUUACUUCCCAUCUAAAUAUUCACACAGGGGAGAAACCACAUAAGUGCUUGGAAUGUGGGAAGUGCUUUGCUGCAAGAAAAAAGUUAUGGAAACAUAAGAGAAUUCACACUCGGGAGAAACCAUUUCAAUGCCAAGAGUGUGGAAUGAAAUUCCCCUUGGAGGAAACUCUCACUUCUCAUGAAAGAAUUCAUUCCGGGGAGAAACCAUAUCAGUGCUUGGAAUGUGGGGAAAGCUUCAGUCAAAAGAAAAGUCUCACUACCCAUCAAAGAAUUCAUACAGGGGAGAAACCAUUUCACUGCUUGGAAUGUGGGAAGAGCUUCAGGAAGAGAUCAUGUCUCACUUCCCAUCAAAGAAUUCAUACAGGGGAGAAACCAUAUAAGUGCUUGGAAUGUGGGAAGACCUUCAGGACGAGGACCUGUCUCAUGUCCCAUCGAAUAAUUCAUACAGGGGAGAAACCAUUUCAGUGUUUGGAAUGUGAGAAGUUCUUUACUACAAAAAGAGACUGCCAUCGACAUAAGACAAUUCACACUGGGGAGAAACCAUAUCAGUGCUUGGAUUGUGGGAAGAGCUUCAGGCGGAGCUCAUGUCUCGCUUCCCAUCAAAGAAUUCAUACAGGGGAGAAACCCUAUAAGUGCUUGGAAUGUGGGGAGUCUUUUCCUACAAGCCAAUAUUUCCGUCGACAUCACAGUAUUCACAGUGGAGAGAAACCAUACCAGUGUGUGGAAUGUGGAAAGGGCUACCUCAGGAAGGACAGUCUCACUUCCCAUCAAAGAAUUCACAGUGGGGAGAAACCAUAUCAGUGCUUGGAAUGCAAGAAGAGGUUUAGUACAAACAAACACUUCCAUCGACACCAGAGAAUUCACACUGGAGAGAAACCAUUUCAAUGUCAAGAGUGUGGAAAGAACUUCAGGGACAGGUCCUGUCUCACUUCCCACCAAAGAAUU